GUGUGACGCUUCAGAAAGGUGCGUUUAUCUGGAGUAUUCGCAGCAGUAGUUUUUAAAACUUCAUAGCUGCUUUCUCAAACGGAGAACAAGGUUUUAGCAGCUCUAGGUAUAAUGGUGGCCACUCCAAGUGAAGCCUAAUGUGCCAGAUGAUACACCGGUAUGACUGGCAGGAGAGAUCGUGGCAUUUGAUUAGCCUGGCCCUGCAGAGGAGGUCCAGAGUGGAGAUGCAGUGCAGUAACCGAGAGCUGGUGGAGUUCUUUAUAAGCUAUAAACUGUCUCAGAAGAAUCACCCAACUUCCCUUCUGAGGCCAACCAAUGGGGGUCAAAGGACUGAGAGAGACCUGGCCAAAUCUCUGCCUGCAUACAAUGGCAUAGAGGCUUUAAAAUCAGCUCUUCUAGACUCAGGGGAGCAGUUUGGUUUUCUGUUCACACAGUCUUUUAGGGACGUUGCUUCGCACCUCAGCAUCACGCCAGACACAGCCCAGCAAUGCUUCGAGAGUGUGAUGGAGGAGUUGUUCAGGGAUGGAAUCAACUGGGGGCGUAUAAUUGGUCUGUUUGUCUUUGGUUCUGCAAUGUGUCUGGACUGUAUUGACAGCAAUAUGAGUGAGCUGGUACCCGACAUUGCAGACUGGAUGACUGCGUAUCUAGAUGAUCACAUUAGUCUGUGGAUCCAACGAAAUGGAGGAUGGGACCGCUUUACAGAGAUAUUUGGGAAAGGGAUGUCUACAAGGAGCUCUGGGGAGUCUCUGAAGAGAUGGCUAUUUGUUGGAGUGGCAUUAGUAACAGGGCUGCUGGUUGGCAUGCUCAUGACAGAUUAACAGUGAAGGUGCUACUUCUCUGCUGUCACUGGAAUGCUAAACCGAGGGAGGGAAGUGGUUAAUGUUUACAUGGAAGCCCAGACCACAUGUGCAGUGACCAUAGUGGGUGGGCAAAGUCAUUCUGCGAGAGGAUUCAUAAUGUGUAACUUGGUGAGCUGUUACAGACCACCUGCUCGCCUUGCUUUGACCAAUGUGUUUUUAUUUUUUUUUAUUUUUUAAACGCACAACAGUUUCAGUAGCUGAUGUGCCCGUUCAGAGGGCAAAUGCUUUAAAUGAACCUAAUAAAAAGGCAGUGAAAGUGAUUCAGCCAGUCUAAGCUUCUUUUUUUUUUUUUUUUUUCUUUUUUCUUUUUUUUUUUUUUUUCUCCCUGUAUUAUUCAGGGAACAACGUGUAUGACUGAGACUCUAUGUUGUAUCCCCCCCUUUAAUGUGUAAUUCUCAGCUUCUUUUGACUGUUCUUGAGUUUUUAAGUCUGUUUUGAAAAGUUUUGCUGAAUAAACUGUAUGGAGUGCAGAGGCUAUCCAAAAAAAAUCAAAUCCAUGCUCUAGCAGAGGCCUGUGUGUUGAGUUCUCUAGGACACACCAACUUCCUCCAACAGUCCAGAGACAUGCAUGUGAAAUUAACUUUUUCCAUCUCUCACUAGUAUCUAAAAUUAAACCAUACCAAAUUAUCCAUGUGCAACAGGCUACAUAUCCAUGAUUGUAUUCAGUGUUUUUUGGCUGUUCCUCUAAGGGAUCAGAUUGGAUUAUCUGCUACCAUUUUUGCCCUACUCCUAGCACCGUCUUUUCACAUCAACCCCAUGCAAGUCCCCUUCACUACAUCUGUGGUCUGCCUCUUUUCCUCCUGCCUGGCAGCUCCAUAUUAACCAUACUUUGUUCACCAAGUCCACUAUUCCCCCCCCUUUGCACACGUCCAAACCCUCUCAGCCUUGUUUCUCCAACUUUGUCUUCAAACUGAGCUGUCACUGUGACAUUAACUCCUUCAGCUCUGCCACUUCCACCUUGUUCUUGUUCUCCGUUCUCUUGUCAGUGCCACCGUCUAUAAACCAUACAUCGUCGCAGUGCUCACUACUGUCUUGUAAACCUCCCCUUUCACUUGUGCUGCUAUUGUUCUGCCACAAAUCAAAUGAAGUGACUCCAUAUGAAGUAUCUUAAAAGCUGGAAUUAAAUGAGAUGUAUUCUUUUACACA